ACCGAUCACGUGGCCUGGACUUCGCGCCUGGGUUCACUUCGAUUCGUUUGUCCGUAGUGCGGUGCAUGUUCUGACGUAUGAAAACAUUCGCCAGAGAAAUUGACGCACGGUGUAAUUCAUGCGACGAAACGGUAGUAAAAGAACUUAAAGAAGACGCUGUCAUCGAUCUGGAGACGAAAGUGACGAAAGAGAGCGUACGGGCCGCCGCCGGUCGCAGCGAGGUUAGGACCGUCCGCGAGGUAUACACGGCGGGAAAGUACUUACGUGUCGUGUGUACGUAUACACACAGCGAGGCCGCAUGCGUUAUGCUCCACAGGUGUUGAUUGAUGAUCGUGAUUUGCAUCGUCGUUGUCGUGAUAGGAUCACUUUUAUGCGCGUUGCUCAAAGCCGAGAUCGACGAGUGGCUCGGUGACUCCAGCAUGAAGCGCCAAUUGAGGUUGUCUCUGAGAAGGAACCAGUGCAAUUCACAGGGCACAUGGAAUGAUCCGAUAGAGAUCUCGGACGACGAGAGCUUCGGCUCGUCGUCGAACAUACAGAAAAGUACAACAGGAAACGCGAACGUGGCAAGUUGCGGAACAGCUAAUGUUCUGGGUAGCGUGACAGAUGCUUCCAAGUGCAAUUCGAAACAUGAUAUAUCAGAUGAUUUAAGCAAUGACGAAGAUGUUGUUGUCAUUGGCGAUGGUCCUAAAAGCCCGUCGCUGUUUGAUUGGAAUAAACCGUUCCUUGCUAAUCUAUUGCAUCAAAAUAUUUUUCCUGGAAGUAGUGCCUUGUCUGGCCAUACAUCUAUAGAAUCACCUAACAAGAGACAAAAGUUAAUGAAUGAGCCAACAAGGUGGAAUUUUAGCUCUUCAAACUCUAGCGAUGAGUGGAUGCACGCCAGUCCCAAGAAAGAUGAUCCACCACCUCAGGUUGAGAUACAGCAUGAUUAUUUUAUUGUUAAAACAAGAGUCAAAUUUCCUCUCAAGGCAUAUCCAUGCCAGGUGGCAGUGAUGAGCGAACUCAUUAAAGGAUGUGAUAAUGAGCAGAACUGUCUCUUGGAAAGCCCUACUGGCAGCGGUAAGACUCUGGCGCUUCUCUGUGCAGCUCUGGCGUGGCAGGAACAGUACAGUGAGAAAAUAAGCCGAGAAGAAAUGGAUGUAGAAAGCUGCGACGACGAUGAUGCUGUGAACAAUUUCUUUUUAAACCCGUCGCAGUACUUUGACGAAAAAUUGCAUGACAAAGUUUCGAGCAAAACCAAAAUACCGAAAAAAGUGCCGCAAAUAUUUUACGGAAUGCGAACUCACAGGCAAAUCAAGCAGGUAAUCACAGAAUUUAAGAGGACCGCAUACAGGCAUAAAAGGAUGACUAUAUUGAGCAGCCGAAGUAAUACGUGCAUCCAGACAUCCAAUAGGAACAAGGACGAGUUGUGCAACGAGCUACUUGAUCGGAAACCAAAGGUUUUUAAGGAUGAAUCGUGGAACGAGCGACCCGAUCCGAUACUAAAGGUUAAAAGAUGUCAGUAUUAUGAGCACAAUAAAAAUAAUCCGAGAGUAUUUCGUGAUAUGAGCACGCCUUGGGACAUUGAAGACUUGGUCUCACUAGGUAAAGGGAUCAAGGCCUGCCCAUACUUCGGUGCGAGAUCUUUGAUGGCCGACGCGGAAAUCAUCUUUUGUCCGUACAAUUAUAUCCUGUGUCCAGAUAUACGCGAAAGUAUGCAAAUCAAUCUAAAAGGCAACAUCGUGAUUCUCGACGAGGCUCACAAUGUCGAGGAUAUAUGUCGGAAAGCUGCCAAUGUGACUCUUAGAGAUGACAAGAUCAAUACUGCCAUUAAAGAGUGCUUUGAUCUUAAUCUUUGGUACAUAAAAAAGCUUGGUAAAGCCAUUUAUGGUACUAUACUCGAAUAUCUCACAGAUAUCGUGAAAUUCCUUGGACAUAUUGAAGUCAAUGAGAACGGUUUAAAUAACGACAUGGUCAGUAAACAUUGGAUUGGUCACGAAUUCCGGGUGCUGCUCGACGUGCAUAAUGUCGGAUGUCCUAGAUUUCCUAAUUUUCGUAACGCCAGUAUGGCAGCAAUUGAGGAUUUCAAGAUAAAUAUGAAGCAAGAGGAUCCCAAGAAGAUGCUGCCUACUAUUUCGCAAGAGACUAAGACAAUUCUUGAACAUUUUUGUUUCGCUAUGGAAAUGAUUGCAUCAGAUACUUUUGUUGAUGACUAUAGGAUGUACGUCGUAGAAACGUUUGAAACUAAGAAGGCCGAAAAUGUCCGAACGACAGUCAAGAUACGAACCAUGCAACUGUUGUGUAUGAAUCCCGCUAUAGUUUUUGCGCCUUUGGCCCAUGACGCCCGAUCUGUGAUACUAGCUUCGGGUACUCUGACGCCGACUACGUCGUUUCAAAGCGAACUCGGCACGAAAUUCCCGUAUAUAGCGAAUCCCAGUCACAUUGUACCGAAGGAGCAAGUUUACAUAAGAGGCCUGUCACAGGGGCCAAAAAAAAUGCCUUUACAUGCCAUACACAGCAAGGUGACUACCUUUCUUUUUCAGGACGAACUCGGUAAUUUGGUUCUUCAAGUGUGUGACGCAGUGCCACAUGGUGUACUAUGUUUCUUUUCGUCUUACAACAUAAUGAACAAAAUUCACGAUAGAUGGAAGAGUAACGGCAUGUGGAAGGAGCUCUCCAACUUGAAGAAAAUCUUUGUGGAGCCGAAAGAUAAUACCAAGUUGGUUGAAUUCAUGCAAAACUAUCGCAGGGUAAUUGAGGAAUCGUCAUUGAAAUCGGAACAAGACUAUCGAGUAGCAUGCGGAGCUGUCUUGUUUGCAGUUUUCAGAGGAAAGGUGGCGGAAGGAAUCGAUUUCAAAGACAACGAUGCUCGUUGCGUAUUGGUAGUUGGUAUACCGUAUCUUCUUAAAUCCAAUGAAAUAGACAUGAAGAUGAAGUAUAAUGACUUAAAUAAAUCAAAAGGUUUGCUAUCUGGUAGUGAAUGGUAUACCGUAAACGCGUUUAGGGCGUUAAAUCAGGCAAUAGGUCGUUGUGUCAGGCAUAAAGAUGAUUGGGGUGCUGUACUACUAGUAGAUAAAAGAUUUAACGAGGAAAGGAACAUCGGCUAUCUUCCAAAAUGGGUUAGAGAAAAUAAAAGAGAUCAUGAUAAAUGGGAUUACGGAAUUUACGGAAAUUUGGAGAUAGAGCUUCAAGAUUUUGUAGUCUUGCAAAUUGCACGUGAAAGAGGAGCAAAAUUGGCAAACAAUUAAGACUUCCUCUUAGAAGAUAUAAUGAAUUUUAUGCUCUGAUGAAGAACAUUGUUUUUAUUAAAAAUGACUAACAAUUA